AUGCUGGAGACCAUCGACUCUCUUCCUGCUGUGUUGCAACCAUGGCUCACCUGGUUAUCCGCCCUCACUCUCGGUCAAAUAUGGAAAGUCUUGUAUAAUCCACCUAACAAGUUGAAUCUCACUAUUGCCUUUCUGGUGAUUUCAUUCAAGUUAACCUUCUACCUUAGGAGGUAUAGAACAUGGAGAGAGAGUAGGAAAGUUGUUGAAUUUCUUUGGCCAGUACCAAAAGAAGCAGCUAGAGAAUGGAAAGGAAAGAUCGUUGACAACCCCUCUUUAUUCUCUCAUCUGAAUGACUCCACGUUGCUGCCACCCGAAAGUGGAAAGACGGGUGGAAAGAGGGAACAUAUAACUUGUUAUGAUCCUUCCACGGGAUACCACCUCUUGACCCUUCCUCUUCUAUCAGCUUCGGAAGUUUCUGAUCAAGUAAUCAAAGCCCAGUCAGCUCAGAAAGGCUGGGCUAAGACUACGUUUGCUCAACGUAUAUCUUUCUUGAGAAGUUUGAAAGCGUGGGUAUUGAGGGAUAUCGAAGAUAUAGUCCGAGUUGCUUGUAGAGAUACGGGUAAAACAGAGGUCGAUGCUGUAUUUGGAGAAAUACUCACCACGCUUUCUAAACUUGAUUGGCUGAUCAAACAUGGUGAGAAGACUAUUACACCAUCGGCUAGACCUGGAAAUCUCCUGUUAGCUCAUAAAAUCUCCAAGGUACACUAUUCUCCCCUCGGUACAGUCUUAGCUCUAGUAUCAUGGAACUACUCCUUCCACAACUUGACCUCCCCAAUCCUCGCUGCGCUUUUCGCUGGAAAUACAAUAGUAGUGAAAUGCUCCGAACAAGUGGCAUGGAGUAGUCUAUGGUUUAUAGGGGGUAUCAAAGCUUGUCUUAGAGCUUGUGGGCUGGAUGAAGAUGUGGUUCAGCUGGUUGUUUGUCUGCCGGACGUGGCGGAGACGGUGACCAGGAAUAAGUUGAUCAAACAUAUCACCUUCAUCGGGUCAGAACCUGUUGGAAAGAAGGUUGCCUUAGCCGCUGCUGAGAUCAUGGUACCUACUUGCAUCGAGUUAGGAGGCAAGGACUGCGCUUUCAUCUUGCCUGAAACGGACCUAGAUUUCUUCUCGAGCACAUGGAUGAGAGGUGCUUUCCAAUCAGCCGGCCAAAACUGCAUAGGAAUCGAAUUAUUCCUUGUCCAUCGAUCGCAGUACUCUCGAUUCAUCGAAAUUAUGAAACCUCGAGUCAAAGCGCUUCGACCCGGUAUCGACGUAGGAUCACUCAUCUCCCAUGCUCCAAUCAAGAAACUAGAAACUAUCCUUGCUUCAGCUGAGAAGAGUGGAGCGAGGAUCUUGGCGGGUGGAAAAGCAUAUGUACAUCCGACUUACCCACAGGCAUCAUACUUCGAACCUACCUUAGUGGUGGACGUGAAUAUGAAUAUGGCCAUUGCGCAAGAAGAGUUGUUCGCACCUGUGAUGACGGUCGUACCGUAUGAUGAUAUUGACGAAGCUAUCGAAUGGCUGAACAAGAGCAGAUAUGGAUUGGGAGCUGGGGUUUACGGGAAAAAUAAGGGAGAAUGUAGGAGGGCAGCUGAGAGGCUUGAGUGUGGGAUGCUAAUUGAUUGGACUCUACAGGGGGUCUUUUACUUGAAUCAGGCUAUGCCAUUUGGAGGUGUCAAAGCUUCAGGACACGGUAGAUUUGGUGGUGAAGAAGGGCUUAGAUCAUUAUGUUCUGUGAAAUCGAUAACGGAAGAUAGGUUCUUUUCGUACAUCAGAACAAGUAUACCUCCUCCUGUCGACUUCCCGAUACCCGAUCCAAAGAAAGCUUGGGGUUUCUUAGUGGGUUUGGUCAAUUUGGCUUAUGCCAGGACGCUCUGGGGUAGGGCAAAAGGCAUUGAUGGGUUGUUGAAAGGAUUGAUGUAG